ACAAAAACACAGCCGGACCGCCGGUGUUUUUUAACUGAAUUGUAUCUGAUAUUAGGUUAUAAUAAGCGAUUAUUUUAUUAUUUUACUUUAUCUUUUACUUGCACUGUUCUUUGUUAUCUUGCUUAGUACUAUUUUUAAAUUAAUGUUACCGUAAUUCUAAUAGACAUAGAAGUUUAUUGGAUAGUUUUUUUAUUGAGUUUUGAAAUAGGCCAAUUAUGAAGGCUUGGGAUAGCUAAUUUGUAGUUUUCUUACUUUAAACACAAGUUAUAUUUGUGGUUUAUAUGUUUGUGGCUAACCUGAAUUCACCGAUAUUCGUAAUAUAAAAUGCGAGCUUUAUUAUGUAUCAUUAUAUUAAUUGAACUUUUGUAUUACCAUGCUUUAGGGUUUGAUAUAAAAAGUUUUCUUGGUGGCUUGAAAAAUAGUGUUUCAUAUUAUUCUCUAAGUGUGAUUUCUGAGCAGUGUGAUGAGAGAUGGGUUACUGAGAGUACAGUUGGUUUGGAGAGAGACUUGGAGAAAUUUGUGUACGGCCAAGAUUUAGCUACAGAAAUAAUUCUCUUAGCUUUAGAAAGCCAUCUAGUGAAAAGUUACCGCAGAAAGCCAUUAGUUCUUAAUUUCCACGGAUGGCCAGGAGGAGGAAAGGGUUAUGUUGCAGAUUUUAUUGUAAAGAACUGGUUCAAGAAGGGAGGGAAAAGCAAGUUUGUAAAAACAUAUUUCGCUAAACUUCACUUUCCUAAGGAAUCAGAGCUUCAUAAUUACCAGAAAAGACUUCAGAAUGAAUUGGAAGAAACUGUGUAUAAAUGUCCUAGAGCGAUGUUUGUUUUUGAUGAAGUGGAGAAGUACCCUCCUUACGUCCUGGAUGGAAUCAAACCCUAUCUAGAUUACAAUAAUGAGGUCAAUGGCUAUGAUUUUAGAGAAACCAUCUUUAUUUUUAUUUCAAACACGGGUGAUCAACUCAUAACAAACAUCACAUACCAGAAACAUUUAGAGGGAAUCCCAAGAGAGAAACUGAUUUUAAAGGACUUUGAGCAGCCUUUGAAAACAGCAUCUUUCAAUGAAAUAGGUGGAUUUCUCCAUAGUGAACUGAUCAGACAUAGCCUGAUAGAUUACAUGAUACCCUUUCUGCCACUGGAACGUGAACACGUGGCUCUUUGCGUCCGGGAUGAGAUGACAUUCCAAAAAGGCAACCCAGCUAUUAUUCAAAGUACCAUUAGAGAAAUAUUAGACAGUUUCACAUUUGUGAAAGAUUUAUAUUCAAUCAGUGGAUGUAAAGGUGUCAGUGAAAGGGUUGCCUCAAUUAUAGAAAGAGAAAGGAGGCGGGAGAGAAGAAAACAACACCAUACUGAGCUGUAGUAAUAUACAAAACUAAGAGAAAUUGUUAGCAAAUUUAAGGUUACUUGAAAAUCAUCGACUUACCAAAUCAUUGUUCCCAUUGCAUUGUUACUACUUAAGAUAAAUACCACCCUACAUUCGUAAGGCGUUUAAUGAUUUAUAAAAUAAUGUUAUCCAAUACGUAGUUAGCUUUUGUACAUACAUAAGAGAGCUAUAAUAUAAUUCCUUUUUAAAACCCAUGUCUGCUUUUGUUUACGAGUGAAAUAUGAGUAGUUGUUGGUUAUUCAAUAAAGAAGAAUCAACGUUGUAGAUAAAAUAUUGCUCUUAAGAAAGGGGUUCCAACAACACUCUUAUUUACGUUUCCUAAUGUUUUUAAAAUUAUUUUUUGCAAAAUAAAAGACCAAAGUUUGUUCAAUGUUCAUAAUGUGUUUUCAAUACAUGAAAAUAAAAUCUGCAAUUUAUAUGUUUGUUUAUUAAUAAGUAAAAAGAACAGUAUUUGAGAAAUGUGUUGAUCAAAAUCUAACUCAUUGUAUAAUCUUAAGAAAUAUAACUGAAUCUAUUGUGUAGUUAUAACUUAAAUAUAAAACAUUAAAUAAUGAACCAAUCAGCAGCACAAGGGAAGACGUUAGUUCUAGUCUUAGCAUUGUAUGGGCACAUGUCAUUUUGGUGUAACAGAGCAUGAACGUGUUAGUUCUCUAAACUUUUCAAUUCCUUGUAUAACUUUAAAAAAAAAACAAUGCCUGUGAUAACUUGCUAUUCAUUAGUUUAUCUUAUUAUGCUUUAUUACCAAUUAAUAUUACUAAUAUCACGUAAAACAUUAAUCAGAGGUGUAUUUUUCUUUUUAAAUAAAUAUCAUUAAAAUUGUCAUAAUUUAUGUAAUUUUAAAAACCAUAACUUCUAUUUUCCACUUUUAUUUCAUAUGAAGCCUAAAUAUUGAUCUGCCUUUCAAUAUAUUUUCCACUAAUAAGGAAAUUUUCACAUAAUUAAGAAAAUUAUCACACUGCACGACCAGCAUUUCAAUUUGUAUCUCAUAGAAUUCAGCUGCCUAAUUAGUAAACCUUUAGGUGAGUGACUGUUUUGAUAUCAUCAUCAUUGGGAAAAGUCAUAUUGGUACUAUUGCAAGUGGCAGUUAAUGUACAUGAUAACAAGUAGUUUCUGGGCACUAAUGUUUUCCCAGUUAAAUGAUGUGAUAAGAUCUCGAGUUUGAAGAGCUGCAUUUGUAUGGGGGCAUUGUCAAGAGAGUAACGGGGUGGCUUCUACUUGGUGUCCUUUUCAAAAAUUAUUACUUUAGCACAUACUCAAAACCCCUUACAUUUAUAAUUUAAGGUGAAAAAUGAUCUAUUCGAAAUGAAUAAAUACUUCUGGCUAGCUCUUAUUAAAACGUAUAAGAUAUCAUUUGGGUGGAAAUUAAUAAUUUAUAUCAAGAUUGUUUACAAAACUUGUAUUGUAGACGUGAAUAGAAUUAGUUCUUAAUAAGGACUGAACCAAACUACUCAAUUCGUCCGGCCUGCCCUAUGAAGUAAAACUGUCUCUUCAAUAAAUUGAUCAUCUGAUGAUAAGGUACUUGUAAUUCCCUGUGAUACUCCACGCUUCCUUGAAUCAGUUCUAUGAAAGCCCCUUCGGGCUGAACACACUGGUGAUAUACUAAUGUCUUAUCUGUCUAGCUAGGAACAAAAUAAUUGUCUAUUUAUCGUUGGGAGGAACAACCUCGCACUACUCAUGACCAAAAUACUUGACUAUUGUGAUCAAGACACUCGUCUUUCUAUUACGCGGACAAACUACUACAUACCGUAUAGGACCAAGGUGCUUGAUCAUCUAAAUACUUUUCCCUGGACUUUCUUCACCUCUUUUAUUCUUCCCCAUUUUUUAAGUUUGUCCCUCAUUGGUCGACACUUAUUAGGUCACCACUGAUUGGUUCUAUCAUAAUCGUGUCUUCUUGGAAAGAGUCUGUACUACGGUUCCCACCAGAAAUAUUUAAUAUUUUCAUCAGCUUUCUGCAUCCUCAUUUCCUACAUCAUUUAGUUACAGAUGGCCAUUCAAACCUCAUCAUGAGCUUUUAAAACCCAUUUUCCUUGCUCUUCAAUUUUUUUCACUUGUAGUGUUUUUCUAAAACACUUUGCUGUACAUUCUAUGAAUGUCAUUUGCUUUAAGAUGUUUUACAUUCUGAAAAUGAAUGAAAGAUGUAUUUCACAAUCUGCACCAUGUUUAUUGUCUUAAGGCAUUUCAGAAUUUGAAUAUGCUCAAACAAGUGUUUUCAUGGACAAUUAUUUUCUGGCGUCCAGCCAAUAGACACCAGAAAAUAACUCAGCACACCGUAGAGAUGCAAAUACUCAGCACACAUGCAAUGUUUGGCUCAUAUUAAAAAACUGUAUUAAUGAAAAAUAUACCUCGUACUUAUACAUGAUAUUCUAGACAUUAUACUUAAGAAAUAUACAAUACCCCAAAUUUACAAGUACUUACUUAUAACUUUUUACAUGAAAACUGUGAAUUUAAUGUGUUUAUAGCAUUCGUUUUAAUCCAGAUAAUAUAAUGGGGAAAGUGAAAUAAGAUCAUUAUUUUUAUACUAUUGUACGAAAAAUGUGCUUUGAUAAAUGUCUGUUUUUAUUUGGUUGUAA